AUGUGGUACUGCGACGUAGAUUCAUCAGAGCAUCGGGUAUUCCCCAGCGCCAACGAACUAGAGCUUCAUGUGAAAUCGGAUCACGGCGACAGCGUUCCGGCUCUCGCGCUCGCAACUAUGCUGAAACAAAAUGUUACAGUCUCGUCUCGUGGCCAGGAAUACUGUCCCAUCUGUGAUGAGCUUGUUGAUCCUACUGACUACGACCAGCACGACAACGUUGAUACGUCCUUGAACGAAUCCAGUCUUGAGGCCACUGUUUCCGACCAAGUCUUCAUCAUCCACCAUAUUGCAGAAGACUUGAGAAAACUUGCUUUUUUGUCUUUUCAAUACUUGGAUGGCAGCAUUCCCAAGGAGAUUAACGAGGGAAACACUCAGCCCACGGACCCUGCCACAGUGAGUCUGGGGCAUUGUUCGACAUAUCUCCAAGUGGGCGCCACAUCCAACCUUCUGGAUAUUGAUCAGUUGCCCCCAUUAGAUAUGGACGAAAGGCCCAGCCCAGUCAAAAUUGAACAGCCACCCCAGCCGUCUGAAGCAAUGUCAAUGAGUGGGCUGAGGAAGUUGAUCCGCUCCUCCCAAGUGGAAAGCGCUUUCGACGCUCGACCAUUUGUUCCUCGUAGUGUCUUGACAGAGUUGAUCACUAAAGAAACAGUCAGAUCCAUCAUCAAUGAUGGCUUCGACACAGAACCAGAAACCAAUCUGGAAGAAGUGUCCGAGUUUGUCGCAUCAAACGCGAGAGCAUUCUUCGCCAUUCUCGUUUCAACCGUUCGGGGAAGAGACCUCGCCCUCGCUGUCAGCACGCUAUAUCGACACAAGCUAACGGAUCACUUCUUACCCAUUUCCGAAAAGAUUAUUGACGAUAAUUGCGAAGAAAAUGACAAGUAUAGGACAUGCAAGCACGCCCCCGAGCUCAACGCGUUCCAUGAAGAGCCGUGGGAUCUCGCUACGCUUGAAUAUUUCCAUUUCCGUCAAUGGGAGUUCCUAGCUCAUGUCUUUAGUGAAAACGCUCAAAUCUAUCAACUUGAGUCCAUGACAAUUCUCCCGUUUGUCAAUAUGGGUUUAGAUCGUAAAUCUGGGCUUUUUGGGGAUGUGUCCGACGUCGAGAUCCAUCCAGCCCAUCAAGAACUACAUACAGAUCCUCCCGAGUCAGUACCCCGGCUGGCCUUAAAAGAAUUUCGUCUUGUACGUUCCGGGCCGACCACACAAAAAGUUCUCCAAAAGGCAUUCGAUACCGAAGCAAAAAUGAUGACGGAGAACUUGGGCCAGGAAAAUCUCUUGGUCGCAGUUGCAGCCAUUUGUCGAGGCGGCAAUCGUUAUCUUCUAUACCCUUGGGCCGACGGUGGCGACCUCCGAUCCUUUUGGAUUAAGACGGAGACUGCCUCGUCCUUUGACAGAUCUUCCCUCCUCGAAGUUUUGGACCAGUUCUCCGGCUUGGCGCAGGCUCUGGCUCACCUGCACGGAAACAGGAUCAGGCAUGGGGAUAUCAAGCCAGACAAUAUCCUCAGAUUCACCAAAGAGAAUACCGUUGUGGGGUCUCUAAAGCUGGGAGAUAUGGGCCUUGCUAAAUACCAUGAGAAAAGGACCGAGGAAAGACAAGCCAUGACGGAUACCAAACUGGCAACCGUGCUCUAUGAGGCACCAGAAACCCACCUCGACAGACAGGGACCUAUUUCUAGGUUGUACGAUGUCUGGUCUUUGGGCUGCGUUUUUUUCGAGUUUGCUAUUUGGCUAGCGUAUGGCGUGGGUGGACUCGACGCAUUUUAUGGCUUGCUCGGGAGUGACUCGUCGAGUGAGAAACGCUUUUUUCACAUUGAGACAAAGCCCGGCACAAUAAAAGCUCGACUUCAUCCUGGAGUUCGGGCUUAUCUCGAGCAAUUGCGAAAUCAUCCAUUGUGUGGACAAGGAACGGCUUUUGGAGACCUUCUCCGGUUUGUACAAGAACGAAUGUUAACGAUUUGUCUACCAAUAUCUCCACCAAAAGAGCUUAUAGGUUACUCCUCCGAGCAACUGGAAGCGGAAAUCUUUGUCAAACCCGUCCCAGGCAUGAAGUUUCGCACUGCGGCAUCGGAUGAUCCGCCCUCGCUUCAGAACCCAGCCGAGACCCGAGCAGACGCCAAGACAGUAUUUGCAACACUCAGGCAUAUCUGUGAGCGCGCCCGGGCUGAUCCAGAUUAUCUUCUACCAAGCGGCAGCAUCAAGCCAGGCUCUCUUGCUUCGAAACCUAGCAUGCUGGCUAGAUCGGACUCUCUGGGUCUGAAUUUCCGUACAGAGGAGUUGAGACCUUACCAAAAGUAUGUAGGGCUGGGACUCGGCGCUUCAGAAAAUCAUGGUAUCAAGCAAGAUGUCUGGGACUUUACUGUGGACAACAAAUUCGCCGAAGAUUUUCUUGCUUGCAUUGAGAAAGAAAGCCUACGUUUAUUAACAGACCCGUACAUCAACUCGGAUCAGCCACGACUAUGUGAAGAAUGCAAGGGCAUUAACUUCGGCGAUCCAGCACUCGACUUCGUAUACCCCAUUUCUUACUUGGAAGCACAUGUAAAUGAUUGCGACUUGUGCAAACUGUUCUACGAGGUCGCUGCGACUUUAAACUUACCCACGAGCUUGACGCUCCAACUUGUGCGGAAGAAAUCUAUUCUUACCAAUGGCGUCAACGGUUUACCCCUCUUGUCUCUUGUCGGUGUACCAGGUAAGAAACACGUUCCGGCUCUGCUGCCCGAGAGCAGUCUGACAUAA